CCCCCGUGUCUGUCUGAGACCCCUCUCCCCCGUCCUCUGUGAGCCGGCCGCAGUAUGGAGGAUGUGGACGGUCAGAGCUCGGCCAGAGCCCCGCAGAUGACAGGAUCCAGCCCAGGAUCCGGUUCCUCCGGCCGCUGGCUUCCGCAGCCUCUUACCAGGAGGAAUCAUUCCUACCCCAGAGAGUUGCUGAAUGGUGAGUAUUCAGAAGAUGAAGAGCCACCAGACCUCGAGUCAGAGUCUGGAGACGUUCCAAGUGGUUCAGAAAGCGGCCCCAGUAGCAUGCUGUUAGAAAGCCAAGAUUUAAGAACACAGAUCAUACAGCUGCUUACAGAGCUGGAAGAAACGCGGGAUCUGGCACUAAAACAUGAAGACAGCUUUUUGGAGAUGCAAGGUAUCUUGGAGGAAGAACGACUGGCAAGUGCUCAACAAGCUGAGAUUUUUACCAAGCAAAUUCAGAGGCUGCAAGCUCAGCUCCGGUCCGUGCAGGAAGAAGUGGACAGCUUGGAGCAGGAGAAGGAGUGCGAGCUGCUGGAGGUGUCCCAAGAGUUACGAUGCGCCCAGGAGGAGAUCAUGUCUCUGCGGCAGGCUGCAGAAGAAGCAGCGGCCGAGAGGGAGAGCGACAUUGCCUCCUUGCAGGAGGAGAUGUGCAGGCUACGAGCAGAGCUGCAGGAACUGCAGGAGACAAGACAGGAGUAUGAAAUGGAGAUAACCACUCUUAGAGCAGAGAUCAGCAUGAAAUGCUGUAGCAGCCAUGCAGGUCAGGAGCCUGCAACCCUGCAGGGAGAGCUGCAGUUCCUGCGAGACCAGUGUCAGCACCUCCAGAUGGAACGUAGUAUUCUGCAAGAGAGUAACAGUCAGCUGAAAAGUCAUCUCCUGCUCCUGGGCGAAGAAAGGGUGGGUAACACCAGUCAUGGGGAUGGCACAGAAGAGUCGAAUCAAGACCAUGGAGAAGAGAGUGAUAGCCUGACUGAGAAUAAGAUCCCACAGUAUGACGCUGAAAACAUCAUGGCUCAGAGUGAAGAUAUUGAGCCGAAGAGAGAACUUAAAGUGACCCGUGAGGAGGACAGGAGCAGACUGCAUGUCCAGCUUCAGAGUGCAGAAGAGAAGGUGCAGAAAGCCCAGAGUGAGUGCGCCUGUCUCCUCUCUGAGAUUGAGGAACUGCAACAACGUCACCUUCUCAGCCAGGAGGAGCAGGAGAAGUUACAGGAGGAGCUGAGGUUGUGUAGAGAGGAAAUCCAUAGGCUGAAGGAGAGUGGUUUACAGGCCGCUCUUUGGAAUCCACUCCUCCUCCUGGCGGGGGCUGUAGCCUUGGUAUUACUGUGUCCGAAUUUGAGGAGAGGCCCUGACUGAUUGCGGACUGCGCCGACACUGCACAGCAUUUCUACACUAUACCAUGCGCCAUAUUUAGAUGAUGCCAUACUGACACUGCAAAACGGUCACCACACAUAACUAUGAGCUCAGCACAGCAUUCCUCCUGCAUCUACCGCACAUACAGUAUUAUGUACGUAGUGCAUUCAUUCUAUAUAUUGUGAAAUACGCCAGUGGACAAACCCUAGUGAGCGUUUCUAACCCAUGCUUAUCGUAUUGUGCGCGCCGUCAGUCCCACUGCUCACCAUUCAGCUCAGCAUGAUGACGUACAUAGAGAAUCCAGCACAUGGAUAAAACUAGUUUACACAUUCUGCACGACUGAUUCAUCCGGCCAUUGUGCUGCAAUAUGAACAAUGAUAUACUUAGGAAGUAGAGAUUAGACUUUUGAAUAUUAGCUUUUUUGAGUGGUCAUACAUUAUAGUUUAUUAGUCUAGUUCUUCAGGUGCCUAUCUCUGUGUACAUAUACUUUUAGCAGUAGCAACAGGCUCUGUGUUCCCUGGGUGCUCUGUCCUAAUGGUGCAAAGCUCUGGCACUUGUUCCAUAUAGACUAUGCUUGUAUUUUCUUUACCUGCUCAGAUCUUUCAUGUCUUGGUACA